GGAGGAUGUGGAAUCAUAUGUUUGGCUUUUUACUCAUUUUAUUAAUGCAAUGGCACGUCAACCAACAUGUAUUAUUACCGAUCAAGAUCCAGCGAUGCGGAUUGCCAUUGAGAAGUUUGAGAGUGCAAUGGAUGCACAAAGGCAUGUACAUGAUAAGUUGAACUCAGAGUCAGAAUCGUACAUUCCAGACUUGAAGACUCCUUUACCUUUGGAGAAGGCUGCGUCAGAUGUAUUCACACUUUCUGUCUUCUAUGAUAUUCAGUCGGAGUUGUGUUUAGGUUGCUUCUCAUGUCGUGUUUUGCGUGUGCAUGACGUUGAUGGUGAUUUUGAGUAUGAAAUUUCUGAUGAUCGUAAUUUGGUGUUUAGAGUUGAGUUGAGCAUGUCCAAUAUGAAGGCCAU